AUGGAAGCCAAAAACAGUGAAAUAGUUGCCCAAGAAUUACCAGUUCAAAAGUUGGAUGAAUUGACUCUGAUUAAUGUAAAGAGUGAAGAAAACCUCGAAACUACUGGAGAUGUCCAAGAUCUUCUUAUUCCAACACCAUCAAGAAGUAGAAUUAUGAAUAUUAUUGGUGAUAUUAUCUCUGGAAUGUUGGGAAACAUACCUGUAAUUGGAGUAGUUGCCGCUGCUUUGUUUAAUGAUCUUUGGAGUCGUGCCUUCACCACCAAUGACUCAGGAAGUGGUAAUGUAGGUCCACAAUUUGUCACUGAAGCAACAUUCCUUCAACAUAUGGCAGAGUUUAGGGUUGAGAUGGAGAAUUUAAUCAGACAAACUCUCGAAAAUCAUAUCAUCCAAACUUCCAAUCAUAUGUUUAGAGUUAUGAAGACAACAUGUGAUAGAUAUCACAGAGCUGUAGUCUGGUAUGAGAGAAUUCACAAUUCAGACUGGAGUAACCUCAGUGAUGAACAAAUUCCAUCGUAUCUUAAGGAAGAUGGUGUUCCAGGUCCAGUUCCAACCAACGACAGUGCCAAUAAUAUGAGAUUGGAAAUUAGAACAUCACAUGCUUUAGCCAAAACCGAGAUUGAGAGAUGUCUGGAUUAUUUCUUGACAGUUGGAGCAUCGGUCACCCAAAGACAAAUUAUGGUUGGACAUAUCGUUCAAACAGCUUUGUUCUAUAUUCUUAUGCAGAGAGAUAUCUUUUUCAAAGGUCGUGAAUGGGGAUUCCCAUCCCAUAUUAUUGCUGCCGUUCCAGAUGGAAUUGAAAAUGUAAUUGACAAAUCAUUCUUUGGAUUUGCCAAUUACGCUACUCCAUUCGCCAGCUCAAUAAUAUCGAGACAAACUACACCAGAUCUCUAUAUGAUGUAUUCUAGUUUUGCUUACCUUGAUUUAAAGAGAUUCCCGGGUGGUAGUCUUCAUUUAAAUAUCAAUGAAAGAGAUUGGGUCUGUCAAAUUCCAAGAUUUUAUGAUAAUGCUCCAAGCUUUAAGUUUGUAGUCAACCACUUUUUUGCAAGAAUUCUUUCUGGACCUGCAACAUGGCCAGUCAAUCGUCAAGGUGCAAUUCUAGAUGGAGUCUACAAUGUCGAUUAUCGUGGUCAAACUGCUCAAUCCUUUAUCAUUAAUAGAGCAAGCAGACCAUAUAAUAGAAUCAUACUAUUCAUCAACUUUAAUGGUCCUACUUUGGCUCCAAGAAUUAGAGUACUAAUUGAUGGAGUUGUACACUUCCCUAUUUCUAGAAUCGCUCCAUGUAAGGAAAUUACUUUCUACGCAAACCUAAGACCAUCAAAUUAUUUUGUAUUCGAUGUUAGAUAUAAUAUUGGAAGACAUUCAACUAUAGUACAAAUUGAUGGAUUAAUUCAAAAUGAAACAACUAAUCAUACUGUUGUUCAAUUCCCUUAA